AAACUAGGGCACUGUUAUCUGGCCCCAUUUCUUUCCAAGCCGAAGCAGAGCGAUCUGUGGACAGCGAGCUGCAGUCAGGAAGCUGUGGUUGAUGUGCUGAGAGUGUUUCGCCUCUACAAACCGCCUCGACCCAUCGCAUAAAAGUACCGGAAGAGGUGCUGGGAACUUUACAACUUUGAGGUUUGAAAGCCUGAACACCAAAGAUAAGGAGAAGCUUAGAUCUGUUCCUUUUGAAGAGUGAGCUCAUCCCACCGCCAUGCUAGGAGAUAAGAAGACCAAGGUGAAGAUCACCUUCCUGGUCAUCCUGGUGGGCAUCUCGUCCAUGCUGGCAGCUGUGGUGACGGAUCACUGGGCGGUUCUGAGCCCCAGGGUGGAGAAGCUCAACACCACCUGUGAGGCGGCUCACUUCGGGCUGUGGAGACUGUGCAAGAAGAGCAUCUUCAUUGUGGAGGAAGACCCUCAGGGCAAUAGCUGCGGCCCCAUCACCCUGCCUGGAGUCAAGAACUGCUCCUACUUCAAACACUUCACGUCCGGGGAAGAGGCCGAAGUGUUCGAAGUCAAGACUCAAAAAGAAUACAACAUCUCAGCAGCAGCUAUAGCCAUCUUCAGCCUGGCCUUCAUGACCUUGGGCAGCAUGUGUCUCCUGGGAGCCUUUGGGAAGGGCAGGGACUACUUACUGAGACCGGCUGGCAUGUUCUUCGCCUUCGCAGGUCUCUGCAUAGUCAUUUCUGUGGAAGUCAUGAGGCAGUCCGUCAAACGCAUGAUCGACAGCGACGAAACCAUCUGGAUCGAGUACUACUACUCGUGGUCCUUCACCUGUGCCUGCGCUGCCUUCAUCCUCCUCUUCCUCAGCGGCAUCAGCCUGCUCAUCAUCUCCAUGCCUCACAUGCCGAGGAACCCGUGGGAGACAUGCAUGGAUGCUGAACCCGAGCCCAUGGACUAGCAGAGCGCCCAGUAAGAACGUACUACACAGCUGACAGUGGGAUUCCGUAUGUUCAAAAGAAAUGCUGGUGACAGGGUGACAUAUGUCUGAAAAUCGUCACUUAGACAUAAGGGGUUUAUAACAGCUCACAGGUGUUUAUAAUAUUGAUUUUGUAUUCUGUUAUUCUGCUCGAUAAAAGCAAUUGCAUGGAGGUUAUGUCUAAUCUACAUUAAGCACUGAGUUGACAGUUUAAAGUUACACCCGUUUUGUACCCAAACUCACUGGCCACUUUGUCAGAAUACCCAACAUAAAGGUGCGGUUUGUAGGUUUAUAAUUACCUACUGUAUCUCAAUGCAAUGGGACCUAUAAAGGGCCACCACUGAUCAGUUACUUUGUGGCUGGUGAAGAAAGUUCUGACAGGUUUGUUUCAUACAAGUCUGGGUCAAGUCUUGAUGAGUCUUGGGGUUACAAGUCUGAGUAAAGUCUCAAGGGAAUACAGUUUUUGGGGUGCAAGUCUGUGUAGAG